UCCAGUAGGGGCAAGCACCGCCAAUGCAGCGCCCAGGUUUCACAUCAGGGGCGGAGCCUGGGAGGCAGGCAACGGAUUUCCGGUUCCGGGAGCAACGAACAGCGGCGGAGACUGCUACCGUUUCCGAGGAGGCGGCAGCGGAGGAAGAACAGUAGAGCUAGGCGGGACGCGCGGGCGGGCGGGACCCUGACCAUGGGUCCGAGGCCCUAGAGCGGCGGAAGCUACGGCCCGGUGCCAAGCUGGCUGCUGCUGCUUUCUGAGGUCUCCAUGGCUGAGGACUGGCUGGACUGCCCAGCUCUGGGCCCUGGCUGGAAGCGACGUGAAGUCUAUCGCAAGUCAGGGGCCACCUGUGGACGCUCAGACACCUAUUACCAGAGCCCCACAGGAGAUAGGAUCCGAAGUAAAGUUGAACUCACCCGAUACCUGGGCCCUUCGUGUGAUCUCAGCCUUUUCGACUUCAAACAAGGCAUCUUGUGCUAUUCAUCCCCUAAGGCUCGUUCUGUGCCUGUGCCCAGUAAGAAACGAAAGAAGGCUUCAAAGCCAGCCAAGGCUCAGAAACGUCAUGUUGGACCCCAGAAAAGUCAUGUUGGACCCCAGAAAAGUCAUGUUGGACCCCAGAAAAGUCAUGUUGGACCCCAGAAAAGUCAUGUUGAACCCCAGAAAAGUCCUGUUGGACCCCAGAAAAGUAAGAUCAGGAAAGAGACCCGAGAAGAAGAAACCAAGACUGAUACUGACAAGGCUGAGCCAGCCACUGCAUUACCUGCGCCUGGGUGCUGUGAGAACUGUGGAAUCAGCUUCUCAGGGGAUGGUUCUGGAAGACAGCGGCUCAAAACAUUGUGCAAGGACUGCAGAGCACAGAGAAUUGCCUUCAACCGGGAGCAGAGGAUGUUUAAGCGUGUGGGCUGUGGAGAGUGUACAGCCUGCCGUGUAACCGAGGACUGCGGGGCCUGUUCCACCUGCCUCUUGCAGCUGCCCCAUGAUGUGGCCUCAGGGCUCUUCUGCAAGUGUGAACAGAGACGCUGCCUCCGGAUUGUGGAGAGGAGCCGAGGGUGUGGAGUGUGCCGGGGCUGUCAGACCCAAGAGGACUGUGGCCGGUGCCGAGUCUGCCUUCGCCCUCCCCGCCCUGGUCUUAGGCGCCAGUGGAGGUGUGUGCAGCGGCGCUGCCUUCGGCACCUUGCUCACCGUCUCAGUCGCCAUCGCCAGCGAUGUCAGCGACGCCCUCCCCUGGCUGUGGCACCCCCUGCUGGUAAACGUGGCCGUCGCAGGGGAGGCUCUGAUUCCAAGAUGGUUGCCCAGCAGCACUCUCAAGCUCAAGCACUGCCUACACCUCCUGCAACAGAGACCCCAGAGCCUGCAGAACUGCAUGCCAGCGCUCUGGUGCCCUCACCACCUGCCGAAGUCAUCUAUUACUGGGUAGACGAGGACGAGCUACCCUACACGAACCGCCGGCAGAACCGCAAGUGCGGGGCCUGUGCAGCCUGCCUACGGCGGAUGGACUGUGGCCACUGCGACUUCUGCUGCGACAAGCCCAAAUUCGGGGGCAGCAACCAGAAGCGCCAGAAGUGUCGUUGGCGCCAGUGCCUGCAGUUUGCCAUGAAGCGGCUGCUGCCCAGUACCGGGUCAGGGUCUGAGGAGUGGGCAGGAUCACCCUCACUUUACCCUCGUCGAAAGAGGCCAGGUUCUGCUCGCCGGCCCCGUCCGGGCCCUACUCUGAAGUCCCCUUUGGCUACGCGCACAGCCCGACCAGGUCGUGCCCAGGCUCCACUGAAGCAGGAAGCUGGUGGUGGCUUUGUGCUGCCUCCGCCUGGCACCGACCUUGUGUUUUUACGGGAGGGUGCCAGCAGUCCUGUGCAGGUGCCGGGUCCUGCUACAGCUUCUACAGAAGCUCCACUGCAGGAGGCCCAGUGCUCUGGCCUGAGUUGGGUUGUGGCCUUACCUCAGGUGAAGCAAGAAAAGGCAGAUGCCCACGAAGAGUGGACACCGGGCACAGCCGUCCUGACUUCUCCCACAUUGCAGCCUGACUGCCCUAGCAAGGCAGUAGACCCGGGCCUGUCACCUGUGAAGCAAGAGCCACCUGACCCUGAGGAGGGAAAGGAGGAGAACAAGGAUGGCUGUGUCUCCGAAUCGGCCCCAGAGGAGGAGGCAGGAGGGGCUGGGACACCCGUGAUCACGGAGAUUUUCAGCCUGGGUGGAACCCGCUUCCGGGACACAGCAGCCUGGUUGCCAAGGUCCAACUACCUUAAAAAACCUGGAGCUAGAAAACAGUAGACUGGAGGCUUCUGCAGACUAUAGAACUCAAGGUGAUAUUUGCAGACCGGCUUCACAAGACAACCCUGAUCUCCUAGGGACUGGACCAUAGAUUGGUUGCAGGGCUGUGUAUCAACCCUAAAAGGAAAACUUGCCAGCAAACUUGAGGAACAGGCAUAUUCAGUACUUCAAACUUACGGGAAGCAGCUGGAAAGAAAAAGUCAGAAUAGAAAGUUGGUGCAUCUCCUCCCAAAAGGAGAGAUUGGAUAGAGGGGUUUAAGGAGGUUGGGUAGAAAAGGGGAUGCAAAUAAAGCCACCAUAAACAACCUAAACAAGCCAUCUUCAUAAAUUAAGUGGCUUCUGAUGAGACCUGGCAGCGUCUCUAAACAUUUUCUCAGGGAGACAACAAUUGAAAAUGCAAUGUGAAUAAAUGAGAAAAGUAACUGCUGUUCAUUGACCCGUGGAUCCAAUGUUUUGAAUCCUCAAAGCAGUCUUUUUAGGCAACAUCAAUGUGUGCAAUUUUCAGAUGAGACUCAAAUACGAUGAACUUUGCCAAUAUCAAAUAACUAACUUGGUAAAGUAGAAUUAUACACGGAUUAUAAAGGCUUUGUUCUUUAAGGCACUAAACUGUUAACUGCAAUCCUAAGUGCAAUAAUGUGUAAUAUUGCAGUAAUAGUUUUCAGUGCAAUUAGACAAUGGAUUACUGUAAAUAAUGUAUAAAUCCGUUAUACUCCUGCCUUUAGCAUGGUUUAAGGAGUGCCAAAGCUAUACGAAUGGGGUCACCUUGUUUUCAGAGCAGCUAUUCUUGUAGAAACUGGGUUCACAAGCCCCAUAUGCUACAUAGUAAUCUUCAAACCCUAAAAGCUAUCUUCUCAAUUGCCUACUGUCCAUUUUGCUUUUCAAAUUGACUCACCAACCUCAGUCAGAGCAGUCUUUGGAACUAAAGCUGCCAGCCUGGCCCAUCUCCUGACAAUAGGUGUCUGUCUCCCGCCUUCUCAUGACCUCUCUUCUUGGUUGCUGUCACUCAACCCAAAUGUCUAGUAGAAGGCUAAUUCCUGCCUCCAGUUCUGCUGUAGGGCCAGUCUUGGCUCAGCCUUACCUCACUCAGCAUGCUUCAUUCAUAACAUGCCAAAAAGAUUAGACAUGUAAUUUGUUACUUAGCUUUACAGGGCCAAGACUGAUAGUGCUUGCUUAAAUGUUAUGUCCUCCCUCGUACCUUCUUUUCCUUACCUAGUCCCAGUCCUGCAGCAGGAAUUAAUUCAGAUAUGGAUUAGUCAUUUUUUCUUUUGUAACUCAAAAGAUACAGUUCUCUGCCACUCUCCUGUUCCUCUGCCUUGCCUUAUUUAGCCCAGCCCCAGCCAAGACUGAGUAAUCUGUUACUGCUUUUUUCCCCUUGGGUCUAACACCCAACCUUAGUACUCUGGUAAUUCUGACGGUGAUGUUCUCAGGAAAAUUUAUUUGACUGUCAUUUUAACUCCUGAGUGAAGAGUGAUUACCAUAUGGAUGAAUUAGGGUACAAUCAGAAGAGCAGAACUACCAGAAUACAGAUGAUACACAUGUGUAUUUUAAGGGAUUUGUCAGAGGGAUUUGAAUUUAUGUGAUUAUGAGGGCUGAUUAAGCAGUCACUAUAAGGCUAUUGUUCAUCUAAUGUUGGAGCUUGAAGCCUGCAGGGAGGCAGUCGGGAAGGGAAGAUGGACACAUUGGAGCCCACAUGCAAGAGUCAGCACCAAAAAGGUGGUCUGGAACCUAUGUCAGUCUUGCCGUUUCCCACUUUGAUGAUGUGGGUAUCCUGCAGAAGAAAACUGGUUCUCUUCCUCACAGUUUAUGGAUACGACUGUUUCCCACUUUGACGAUGUGGGUAUCCUGCAGAAGAAACUGGUUCCCUUCUUCACAAUUAAUAGAUCUGGCCCAGGAUUAGAGAGGCUGAUGGAAGAUCCCAGAGAAAGUGGAGCAGCCGCAGGCCUGUCUGCUACCCCCAUACCAACAGAGUGAGCCAGCAAAUAAGUGACAGUACAAGUGGACUGCAGGAGCACCUGGUGUCCUUUUACCAGUCUUCCAAGUAUAAAAACAAUAUGCUGCUGCUUCAGUUCUCAGGCAAAAUGUGUGUUGUGAGCUGACCUCUCCAGAAGCACACAGAAUGGAGUUCUGGAAACAGCCUAGUCAAGGUGAUAUGUUACAAAGCCACCCUGCCAUGAAUCACUUCCUGAGGGUCUCAUUACUCACCUGAGGAUAACUAUAAAACUAAAUGAAAAUGCAAAGCUGAAGACCACAGCAAGUAUAGAAAUUCCACUCAGCUCACCCAGAAUAAACUUGCUAUCUCAGCUGUUUUCGUGCUACUUAAGUAUUGAGAGCCUGGCCCAUGUUGGCGCUGUACUUAAUAUUAGGAUACAGAAAUUAAGAUACAGUCCAUGCAACUCUUUUAAUGUAUCAGUGUGUGUUACAAGUGGUGAAUGGGUUUCCAAAUUUGUCAUGGAAUGUAAUGCUGCAAAUACAGAACUCAUGAAAAUAUGGUUAAGCCAGUCUAUGAGAACUUUGUUGGGGCAUAGAAAGAAUUGGAAAUUUAGUUUCUGACUCUAAGCAGUUCUAUUUAAAAAUUAUUUUAAAAUAA